UCAUGGAAAAUUGAGAAUUCCAAAUAGAAAUGAGCACCAAAAAUAAGUAGAAAAUAUUGAACCUGUUAACAUUCUUUGUUUCACUGAAAUUUGAAGUAGAAAUUUGUUCUCAUUUGAAAUAUGAUAAUGGGAUCUUUACAGAAGAGCUUCUUCUCAAACCCACUACUAAUCCAAACCCAGAAUCACAUUCACAGAAGAACCCCGAAUUCUUUUUUCAUUGUUUCCUGCAAACUCCCACCAAAUGAUCACCAAAAUCAACCUGAUACUUCUAGGAAAAUAGAGAAGCAGCUGGCAAAGUUAGCAAUAGUGACAUUGGCAGCAGGAGUAUUGACUCUAGGAUCAGUUGGUGAUGCUUCAGCUGCCAAAUCUGGUGGUCGUAUUGGUGGUCAGGCUUUUCGCUCUUCUGCUCCUCGUCCCUCGUCUCCUAGAGUUAAUUCUAGGACAAACAUUUAUGUGAAUCCACGUGUAGCUCCACCACUUGUUGGUGGCUACGGAUAUGGCCCCGGGGUCCCAUACUACGGUGGAUGGGGUUGGUCGCCGUUUUCAUUCUUUGCUCCAGGCCCAAGUGUUGCAGUUGGUGUAGGUGGUGGAUUCGACCUCCUUGUCUUGUUCAUGGUUAUGGGAGCGGUUUCAGCUGUUGUUAGGCGGUUCCUACAGCCAAGGAAGGAGGAUGAUGAUUAUUAGAGGAAUCACAUCAAACAUUUUGUACUAAUCUAUAAGAUAGCCAACUCAACAAGUCCAUCAAGUUGAUGUAUAAAUUGUAUAUGAAUGAUGUUUUGCUACUCAGAUUACAUUGGUAGGUGUAAUUAUUCCUGAAAUCAGAGUAUUGUCCUGAUAAUAUGAAUUACCUAAGUUGAAUUUCUUUUACA